AUGGAUCAGAAUGGUGUCGACCAGAUUGUGGGUUCUCUACAGGUAAUCUAUAACCCUCAGUCCACCAACGAGAAUCGCCACAAAGCUCAGGAAUUUUUAGAGACCAUCAAACAGAUCCCCGAGUCGCCAUAUUGGGGAUACUUGCUGGCACUCCCGGACAAUAAAUACGACUUCAUUGUGAGACAUUUCGGUCUGAGCUUGCUCUCCAAUGCCAUCAAGAGAGACUUUUCCCAAUGGGACCUAGAGAAACAGGAAGCGGUCAGAAACUGGGUCAUCGAACUAGCCAUGAAAGUGGCGCCGACGGACCCUCACUACAUGAAGGAGAAAAUAGCGUUCUUAUGGGUGGAGAUCGCCAAAAGAUGUUGGGGUCUUUGUCUCUCAAAGGAAGAAGAAGAAAUUGCGCUCAAAGAUAAAUCGUAUACAGACCUUGAAAAACUUCAGAGUUGGGCUUCCAUGGACGAAAACUUGCUCAGACUGUGGGAGCAUUCACUUAUCACAAGAGAGCUCUCUCUUAUCAUAUUCCGUGCAUUGUUUGAGGAUGUUUACCUGCUUGAUGAUCCCGUGGUGUCGCAGAGAAAUAACGUACUGUCAUCUCUAUGUCCAGAGGUGGUUACGUCCGAGGAAAUAUUGUUGCUCAAAUAUGAGCCUAACGAGUCCCUCCGAAUAUUCGCUGCCUCAAAUCAAGGGUGGCUUCUUAGAUGGUCCGCGCUUUUGGAGGAAUGUAUCGACUACAUGCUGAGCCAUCCUCGAUCCGACUCUGAUGAAAACUACCGAAAUUUCUCCAACCUCGCAGUCAAAAUCCUACAAGUUUUCAAGACAAGCUUGUACUGGAUCUUACCAAUUGCAUUUCGCGCAGCUGGCGUGCUUGAGAAGCUCAGUCGCUUGCUGGCAAUUGAUGAUGUUCAAAUAAAAACACUCACUGUCGACUGCUUACAGGUUUUAUUCACAAGGGCAUACUCCGAGGAGGCCGAUUUCAACGAGAUAAUUGGUUCGAUUUUCCAGACCGAAGGUCUGGCAAUGCUGUUCAAGGUGUUCAAAAGUAUACAGCUGGAUCCCGAUGACGUUGAUGAACAUAAUUAUACCCUGCUGAAAAAACUAGUGGAAAUGAUUGUGGGGCUCAGCGAAUAUUUCCAGCUCUCUGACAAUAACAUCAAAUUCAAGCUUCCUGAAUCCGCAGACGUAUUGAACUAUUUCAAACUGGUUUUGGAAACCACAAAACACCCAUCUUUGGUGAUAUCAGGUUUAUCUCUCCAAUUUUGGUGCUCAAUGCUGAGAAUAGAUGAAUUGAGCGAUAAGCCAGAUUUCGAGCAAAUUAUGCCAGAACUUCUGGAUGUAACAGCCAGCAGACUGAUCAACUAUGCUGAUUACGAUGACGAGUGUGUCGAGAGAAAGAUGCUGAGCAUAGAUUUCGAGAGCCAGCCUGAGGCCACCACUUUUUUGAACAAUUACAAAAAAUUGAGCGACGACAUUGUGCGGAUCAUCAUAUGUAAAAAGCCAAACGAUGGGCUGCAGUGGCUCGCAAACAGACUGAACAAAUUCUACUCAUCUCCAGUGGGCAUACAAUCGCUCAACGAUCCAAAACUGAUCUACAAAGGCAAAAACUCUGAGCCGUUCAUCUUUGGAUACGCCCAGUUUGUCACCAUUGAGGCGUGCGUGCGAGGCAUCUCGAGGUGGCUUAUAUGGUGUCAAGACGAUGACAUGGAGACGAAGAAGGUUUAUCUAAUCAAUCAGGUGGAUGAGCUUUGCAAAAUGCUGCUGAGCAUGACAGUGAAAGACCCAAUGCUGCUGAGAAAACAAAUCCAGACACUGGUUCAGUUCACACCCCUCUUGAAAGACGUUUCCGGAACCAUGUUCAAGGUCUUGGAGAAAGUCAUGGAGUCUUGUACAUUUGAUUAUCCUCCUGAUGCCGGGGAUGAUGAACGAGAACUUAUUCGUGAUUUAAGGACAAGUGGUGGCACAGAGCUCAACAGGCUUGCGUACCUCAUGCCGGAGUCUCUGAAGGAUAUUCUUACCGAGCUGGAGUCGGCCAUUGCCGCUAUCUUGAGCUCCAAGAAACUCAGCGACCACGAAGCUGUGGCGUUCAAGUCUUUCCUUCUAGUGGUAUCUCAAAGAUCGUCUAUUGACAACAAGGCUCAAAGAUUUGCUAAUAUAGUCGAUCCAGAGCUUGUUGCGUGGUCCAAUCCUGCAACAGAAAAGGGACUGCUGGAAUUGCACUGGUUCAUGGAGAGACUAGGUAUUGUUAGAAUUGCGGACUAUUUCCAAUCGAGGGGAAUCACCGCAGACACAGAUCUUCUGGAAGCACAAAUGGAUGAAAGAGGACGAGCGCUGAAGAGCGAAUUAAAGGAUCACUGGUCAUCAGUCUUCCCAAUUCGUGCGACAAGAAUUUUUAUUCAAUACAGUAUUGAGAAGUUGGAUCAUCAGUCUGAAACCUACCAAGAUUUGUUGAAACUUUGGAAGCCAAGAAUCAAGCCAAUCCUGCCACACAUUUUGCAGCUCAUCUACCAAAUCCAGGCAUACCACAACCCUGCUAAUUGGUCUGGCCUGCCGUCCGAAGUGCAAUCCUUCGUAAAGUACAGUUGCAUGGAGAGAUUCUGGCAGCAGGGUGUCUCCAUUCAGUCCAAGGAAUCGUUCAUGGACGAAAGCGUUAAGGCUAUGCAUACAUUAAGAGAUUUCGCCGACAGCGUUGGGCACAUCGUGAGGUAUACGAGAGAAUACGCUUAUUUGACAAUCAGCUCGAUUUCGGAGCUCGAAGAAACAUUAUACGAGAUUCCAGACUGUGCCAAUCUGUUGUGGAAAGCCCUGACCGGCGAGUCCGUGGGUAUCACUCUUCAUUCGUGGAGGCACAUGAUCAAUCUUGUGAUUCGGAAUGUGAUAAAAAACUGUCCUAUUUCUCACCUCGAUUCCUUCAUGGUCCAGCUCUUGCCCCAGGUAUUGAAUACCAUUGACUCGCUGCUUGUUUCCAAGUGGGACGUUGUGUUCCAGAAGGGACUGCAGCUAGAAGGCAACGAGAGCGACGAGCAGCUGAGCGAGGAAAUGAUGGAAGAACACAUGCUCAGGCAGCUCACUGCCGUUAUCGACAGGAUGCUCAUUGAUCUUGUUGGCCAGCAGGCGCCAACAAGCCUGGUUGAGAGACAAUUGAAGACCAGAGAAAUCAUAUUCAGGGAUUUGAACCUGCUUGCACCUCUACUGAAUUUGCUGUGCCACAUUAUCAGCUUCAAGGAUACGAGAUGCUCGUUCAAUGCCAUUUUGAUAGUCAAGCACAUGAUUCAAGAUCUUGUCGCCUUGAAUAACGACGACGUCGACAAGUAUCUCUCGGAGCAUGUGAUCGAGACACUCUUGUCUGUGCUUGUUGAUAAGUUCUACGCCGACGCACACCCCGAAGCUGCCUACACGUUGACUCUGCUUUACAUGGGCUUGAGGUUCAAGUCGUCGUAUCCGGCAAUGAUUCUCCAGAAAUGCCUUAAUCUAAGCAACAAGGAAAUGACCGAUUUCGAGCUGCUUCUAAUGAACUGUAAAAAGCUCAGGGAAAGACGUAACUGCUUACUGCAGCUGGUCGAGAAUGCAAGCGAUCCAGGAAACAACAACGAAGAACAGAAAAUGAGAGAUCGCAAAAAGCAGGUAGAGACUGCUCAGCAACGAAGAAGCAAAAAAGGAGCCGAAGGGGACGUUAUGGACGACCCUCUCACAGAGAAAACACUAAACAACAUGUUUGGAGAGGAAGUGCAAUAA